GACUCCAAGUCAACUUUUCAUAGUACAAAUUCUUGAUCACCCUUAUCCUCAAUCUCUCAGAAUAAACGAAAAACAAUAUUGUAAACAGCAAAAAAGCUGAAAAAUUACAAAGAAAACAACAUCAGACAAGAUGAUGGGAGGGAGAGUUGGAGACAGUUUAGGAGUGAGAGAAGAAAUCAUUCAAAAAGCUUGUAAAUUGUCCAUGAAAGCUCAUGAGAAGUCCCCUGGGAAACCGUAUGUUCAUGAGAAGAACCGAGGCCCGACAGAGGCUUUCUUUGCGUUUCCGGGAUCAUGGGCUGUCGAGGAUUGGUACAGUAGAAGACCGUUUGGGGAAAUUAAGGUUGAUGUCUCCAAGUUUCCAUCCAUGAAGAGUGUUGGUAAUGAUGAAACAGCUUUGGUGAAUGAAGCUUUUAGCAGGAGAUUUGAGGAGCUCUUGAGCAGAUCAUCACUUGCAACUGAGGUGGAGAAAGCUAUGUCAGACAGAAAGCAAAUAGUGUUUGCAGGGCAUUCCUCAGGUGGUCCAAUGGCCAUUCUUGCAUCCAUUUGGUUCUUUGAGAAAUACAUAAGAUUCAAUCACUAUCAGAUACCUCCUUUCUGUCUGACUUUUGGAUCCCCUCUUGCUGGCAAUCAUAUUUUCUCGCACGCUCUCAGGCGGGAGAACUGGGCUCGUUAUUUCAUUCAUUUUCUGAUGAGGCGAGAUGUUGUGCCUCGGAUAAUGCUAGCCCCUCUCUCAAACGUCGAACAAGGGCUUCAGUUCAUCCUAGAGUUUCUCAAUCCGAAAUCACCGCAUUAUCUUCGGUUUGAACCCACUGUUGCAUCGAAUUUCUUGUUAUCCGUCAUGAGAAAUGCUUUAUCUGUUGCUAGCCGUGCUGCAUGUUAUCUCAAGGGGUGCACGAAUUUGUUGCUGGAGACGGUGGCGAGUAUCGUUGAACUUAGCCCUUAUAGACCUUUUGGGAUCUUUGUUUUCUGCACAGGGAAUGGGAAGAUGGUCAUUCUUGAUAAUCCGGAUGCUGUGCUGCAGCUGUUGUUCUUCUGUCUUCAGUUGAGCCCUGAAGAAGAAAAUUCGGAGUUUGUCCAUGGCAUGUUGAAACAACAUUUGGCAUAUGAAAGCGAAUUGCAGGAGAGCUUAACCAUGCAAGAUGUUACCUAUUUGAUCAAUCUGGUUGAUGUUCCGUUGUCCGCUGAUGCCAGAACUAAUGAUGCAGCAGCUCUAAAUGAUCUUGGCUUGACCUCAAGAGCAAGAUUGUGUCUUCGUGCGGCCGGCGAGUUGGAGAAGCAGAAACUGGAAAAUCAGAAAAAGAUCGACUCUAACAAAGAUACCAUCAAGGAAGCGUUAAAGAAAAUACAGGAGUACAAGAUGAGCUGUGAAAUUCGCAAGGUUGGUUAUUAUGAUGCCUUCAAGAUCCAGAAAGAGAACGCCGAUUUCAACGGCAACGUCAAGAGGCAGGAGCUAACAGGGAUAUUGGACGAGAUCGUAGAAAUGAUCAAAAGGUAUGAACUUCCUGAUGGAUUUGAGGGCAGAAAAGAGUGGAUAGAACUAGGGACGUUGUUUAGGAGACUUGUGGAGCCUUUGGACAUAGCAAACUACUAUCGGCACUUAAUGAAUGAGUCCACAGGGCCUUACAUGGUGAAGGCGAGGCCAAAGCGCUACAGAUUCACGCAGAGAUGGCUGGAGCAUGCAGAGAGGACACCGGUUGGUUUCAGCUCAGAAACAACAUUCUGGGCCGAGGUUGAGGAGCUAAGAGUUAAGCCGUAUGCUCAGGUGAAGGAUAAAGUUUUGAGGCUAGAGGAACAGGCAUUGACAUGGGUUAGAGGAGGAUUGCUGGGAAAAGAUGUUUUCUUGGACGAAUCUACUUUCACCAAGUGGUGGAGAACACUCCCAUUUGACCAUAGAUCAGGAUCUUGUCUUGCAGGGUUUAUAAGCAAAUAGAAUCUCAUUCUUACUCGGUUUUAUUUCUACCAAGCUCUAAAGUGAGCUUGUGCAACGCCGAAAGAAAGCCGUUAUGACUCGUUUCACCUGCUGGCAACAGGUCGGAGAAUUUGUCACCUGAAGAUGAGCAAAUUGUUCUGUUUUUCACCAGAUUAAUCUGUGGUACGUAACUUGGGUGUAGCGAGUGUCUGGAUAGCUUUUGUGAUGCUGCUAAGCUGCGCAUACUCGUCAAUAAUCACUGAAUAAGAGACUUGCAAUGAAUGAAGUAAUGCAGCAGCACUUGUUGCAAGAAUAGUUCAACAUUGUAGUAAUAUCAUAUGAAGCACAGUAUGUCAUUCAUCUGCAGCAUGUGGAGCCAUCUUGUAUGCCAGAUCCCUUGUUUCUUUGGCAUCGUUGUCAUGCUCAACUGUCAUUCAACUAAUAGUUGGAUUGAAUGAACAAAGUCAGUUGAUAAUGACUUUUUGAUGCUUUCAGCCUAUGUUCUUA